AUGCAGUUGGUCAAUUUGGUGUCGGAUUCUUUUCUGUCUUUUCGCUUUGUGAAAAACCGAUAAUCGUGUCCGGAAACAAACACAUGCAAUUUCUUUGGCGAGACAACAAAUUCUUGACGACAUUUCUUUCAGAAUUGCCCGUCGAACAACACUUUCAACCAACCACAGUUAUUCUAUCUCUACAAAAACCACAUGUUCUACACAUCGAUCCAGCCUCAGAUGUCGAUGUGACAAGAGACGGUGACGUGACUACACCUGCUCAGAGCAGAGAAAAUGUGCCAACAAUCAAUUUGACCAAACUCAAAGCUUAUUUUACAAAAGGUUAUGUAUUCAUUGGUCUCGGAACACAUCAGACGACGGGCAUUGGAAUGCAUCUAUACAGCCAUUUGAUUCCGACGAUCGAACGAGAGAAUCUUGACCUACAAACACCAUACAUUUCAAAAUGGAACAGAGAACUUCUCUCAUCUGCUGGUCAAAUUGCACGAUUCAUCUAUGAUAAAACGGUGCAGGAUAUCAUCAAGAAUCCUCAAUGUGUGAACAACAGCGACGACGUAUUUCUUGCCAUGGCAUCCUACUCAUUUCAACAAACCGUACCAAACAGCGAAAUCGCAUCGUUUCUCGCUGCUCGAGAGUUAUCAUCAAUGAGCAGUGUGCAGCAAUUGAUUGAAGAGUUAAUGGAAGAACGAAAGGAAAUGACUCCUGGAGAUUUCGACGCUUUGAAAAAUAGCGAAUGGCUCAAAGACGAGGGGGAAAAAGCAGCUCCGGUACCACCAGGAAAGCAGUGGAACUCACUGAGGCCGAGUGGAGCGCAAUGGAAUCCAAUGGAACCGAGUGAAACCAGUGGAGCUGGCGGCAGUUCCACAGCUCCGGUGGUGCCAGAUGGUUCCAUAUGA